AUGCAAGGUGAAACUACGUAUGCGGGUCCCUAUGGAACUUCUGUUGCUGAAGGUGCAGACUGGAUGCAAUUCCGGAACCCCAAAGCAAAGGAUGGGCUGUUCACAGCCACCUCCGAAGGUAUACCCAAAACGAUGGCGGGACAAUGGAGCGAAGCUGUGCGGAAGUACAAAGACUUGCCGUGCUUUGGUACAAGAGAGUUGGUGGACAGCGAGCAAGUCAAGGACCCCAGUACGGGAAGGAUAUUUAACAAGAAUGAAUAUGGUGCUUAUUGCUGGGCGACAUAUGAAGAAACAGAUGAGCGCGUUCAAGCGUUCGCAAAGGGAUUACUGGACUUGGGAGUGCAGCCCAAAUUAAAUAUUUGUAUAUUUAUGUAUACAAUGGCUGAUUGGCAGGUAGCCGCCCAUGCCAGUUGGCAAGCCGGAAUUGUGGUAGCUACGCUCUAUGCAACUCUAGGCGAAGAGGCACUAGCUUUUGGCUUGAAACAGACGAUGUCCUCUGUUGUUAUAACACAAGGGUCUCUGCUCAGCGAAAUAUCCACGAUAGCGGCAUCCUGUCCUGAACUAAAGCACGUUAUUUACAAUGGAGAUAACACGGCAAACAUAGAGAUCGAAGGAGUUACCCUCCAUCGCUUUGAGGAUCUUAUAUCCAGAGGAAAAACAAUCGAUAGGGCUACACUGCCAGCACCAAGCGAAUCUGACAUAGCUGUGCUCAUGUACACCUCUGGUAGCACAGGUGUACCCAAAGGUGUGAUGCUUACGCACAAGAAUGUUGUCUCAUCUGCAUGCGUUGGCUUCCAUCACAGCACACCGGAUAUCCUCGCGGGCGAGGAUUCUUUUAUCAGUUUUCUGCCCCUCGCUCACAUUUUCGCCCUCUGUGCAGAGACAUACUUAAUCUCCCAGGGGUGUCGAAUUGGCUACAGCACUGCGUUGACGCUCACUGAUAACUCAUCGAUGAUCAAAUCGGGCACGAAGGGCGAUAUAAGCGAAUUGCGACCUACAUACAUGGUUGCGGUACCCACCAUCAUUGAUCGAAUACGCCAGGCUGUAAUGCAGAACGCGAAGUCAAGUGGCUGGCUUGGUAGAAAGGUUUGGGAUUAUGCAUUUGAAUCUAAAACAAAGGCCUUCACCGAUUUCAAGGAGACCCCAUUUUUAGAUAAGAUUGUAUUCGAUAAAAUCAAAGGUAUACUGGGAGGCAACGUAAAAAUGAUCCUUUGUGGAGGUGCACCACUCGCGAUUGAGAGCCAGAUAUUCAUGAGUACCGUAUUUGGGGUGCCUAUCUGCCAGGGAUACGGUCUAACUGAAACUUGUGGUGGCGGUACCAUAGCCGAUAUCCACGAUAGACAAUCCUGGGGCAAAGUUGGGGGACCGAUUACUGUCCUUGAUCUCAAGCUCAAGAAUUGGGAGGAAGGUAAUUACCGUGUAACCGACAUAAUGAAAAAGGACAUAGGUAUGCCACGAGGUGAAGUGCUUCUAAGUGGAGAUUGUGUGGCCCAUGGUUACUACAACAUGCCUGAGAAGACAGCUGAAGAUUUCCGAGUAGACGAGAACGGUAGAACAUGGUUCCAUACCGGCGAUAUAGGUCAAAUCUGUCACGAUGGUACAUUGCAAAUCAUUGACAGAAAGAAAGAUCUGGUUAAGCUACAACAGGGUGAAUACGUAUCCUUGGGCAAGGUUGAAAGCAUGUUGGCAAGCGCGAAGUUUAUCGAUAACCUCAUGGUGUAUGCAGACCCAUUUCAUUCCUACUGUGUGGUUCUGGUAACAGUGCAACCUUCCACCGUGUCGGCAUGGGCGGCUUCUAAUGGCAUUGAAAAAGAAUGGAGUGAAUUAUGUAAAGACCCACAGCUUAAAGCAGAUGUAUUGAAAACUUUACAAUACGAAGCUAAGAUGGGAAACCUGCAACGAUUUGAGACACCCGCGAAGGUUUAUAUAUGUGACGAACCAUGGACACCUGAAUCAGGUUUGGUCACUGCGAGCAUGAAAUUACAGCGGAAGAAAAUUCUGGACAAAUAUCAAGAGGACAUCGAUGCUAUGCUACGAUGA